AUGCUGACAGCAGCGGCGCUGGCCGGGAGCGCCGUGUUCGGCUACAACCGCGAGAACUUCCAGUUUGACAAGAAGCAGACGCUUGAGAGAGAGGGCCUGCGAUGGGGCAUGCAGCUCAAGCGCUUUCAACUCUUUCGGGACGACGUCCGGGAUUUGGUCAACCUCACGGUGGACCGAAUGGACGUCUACCACCUGAUCGGGGCGCUGUUCAUGAAGUUCUGCAUCAUCGUCUUCUGCAAAGGGCGGAUACAGGCAUCUGCUCCGCCCUUCGUGCUGCACCUCUUCCAGCUGUCCAAUGCGUGUGCCUUCCUGUACUUGUUGCUGGCCGUUUGGCUGAGCAUGCACGCUUCGAUCGCGUCCCACAGCUUUGGGGUGAAGAUGCUGACCCGCUUCGUGCGCCUGCCGAUCCCCACGCAGAACCAGAUCUUGGCCCUAAAGGCAAAGCUGGUGGACUUCGAGCAGCAGGGCGUCGCGAAUAUGCUGCGCCUUCCCUUCCAAGAUCACAAGGUGCGGGCAGAGUCGGUGGAAAGUUUGGGGUGCAAUCUGUGCGAUUUCCGUAGCAUCGCGGCCGUGUGGCGGCUCUACUCCGGACUCCUUCGGAUAGUAGAUGCCGCCCUUUCUGAAGAUGACAUCUGCCAGAUGUUCUCGCGCUCCCUUUUCGAGUCUUCCUUCCUCGUUUCUAUAGACCUCUUGGUCAUUCUACCUGUACGACGACUGGGAGCAGAUGCAUGGGAAAGCUUCCGAGGAGGCGCCUUCCGGUGA